AUCAGGGUGCGGACGAGGUCACAGUCAGGAAGUAACUAGUGUAUAUAUCUUAAAAGUUAAUACUACGUAAUAUAACUAUAUAUAUUCAUAGUUUAUGCAUACCAACAACUCGAGUUUUGAUACGUGAGUUAGUGCAUGAGUGUCAUAUCCUCGUCCCCGUCAUUGUCGUUUUCCCGACAAAAAGGUCACUAACAAAUUUACCUGUCAUCCUCACAGCCAACCAGCAUAAACAAUACAACAAAACACCACCUGUAAACACACCUGAGUUUACUCAUUAGUAUUUUAUUAACAUAAUAAUUAUAAUUAUAAUCACAAUCAUAAUCAUAAUCACAAUAAUAACAAGAGUUUUAAUUUAUCAGGUGAGGAAAAUUAUUUAAAUUUUCGUUUAUUUAUUGGAGCACUUAAUAAAUAAUUAUUUUUUUAUGUUGCCAGUGAGUGAAUAAUUUAAAGAAAGAGAGAAAGUUUAAAUAAAAUAUAUAAAUAACAAUUGUAUGACCAAAGUGAACUCCCGGUGUUGCCUUCCGUGAUCGCUGUGUCGUGCUGAGAGUGAUAAAAGUCUAAGGGGAUAUCCUACAAGCACAACAUUAAUAAUAAUAAUAAUAAUAUUUAUAAAUCAUUAAGUGCUACGCAAAUUAAUGAAACGUAAUGACGAUGUAACGACAAUGACUCCUUGGUAACUGUCAGUGUUUUAAAUUUAAAAGGGUUAAAAUAAUUAAUUUAAAAGUUAAUCGGGUUAAAUAAUUUAAAACUGUUGUUGGUAAAAAAAGUUUUUCAAUCAUGUAUAGACAAAGUGUGCGAUAAAAGUUAAUUGGAUUGUCAGGAAGUAUUUUUUUUUAUCAACGUAUUGAAGAUCAUCAUCGGAAGCAUUGAAUUUAUCGGUAUCAAGAUCAAGAUCAGGAUCUUGAGUAGAGUAGAGGAUUUCUAGUAGUGGAUAUCGUGGUCACUGAGAUCACGAUAAGCGAUAAGAUUUGAAAUUUAAACUAAAAGUUUUUAAGGAGAUUUAAAAUAAGAGACGGGUGAGUGUAAGACGUCGGUAAUUCGCCGCUGUGGCUACUGGCCGCAGCGGUGCCGUCAACAACGCGGACACUUGAAGAUUUGAACGUUUUUUUUGGGUGAAAAGUACUCGAGUUUUUGGGUACUGGUUUGUAGCAGACAGACGACAGUAUUAUUUAUUAUUCUAGCGAUAAUAAAUUACCAGAAAUUAAGUGAUUUAUCAACAUGGCGGAUCUUGAAGCUGUUCUCGCUGAUGUCAGCUAUCUCAUGGCUAUGGAGAAGAGUAAAUGUACUCCAGCAGCACGAGCUAGCAAGAAAAUAGUCCUUCCAGAUCCUAGUGUAAGGAGUGUUAUGCAUAAAUAUCUAGAGAAGAAAAGUGAAGUUAACUUUGAUAAAAUAUUUAAUCAAAUGUUAGGUUACCUUUUAUUUAAAGACUUUUGUGAGACUGUAUCAGAGGAACCAGUUCCUCAGCUUAGGUUUUAUGAAGAGAUAAAGGCGUAUGAAAAACUAGAAUGCCCAGAAGAAAGAAGAAAACUCGCACGAGAGAUAUACGACAACUUUAUAAUGAAAGAACUCCUGGCGCAUUCACAUGAAUACUCAACAGAUGCUGUCUCUCAUGUACACAAAUAUCUAAUGAAGAACGAGGUGCCUGUUAAUUUGUUUGAGCCGUACAUCGAGGAAAUUUUCAAUCAUCUAAGGGGCGAGCCGUUCCAAAAGUUCCUGGAGAGUGAAAAGUACACGCGUUUUUGCCAAUGGAAAAAUCUCGAGCUAAAUAUUCAGUUGACAAUGAACGACUUCAGCGUGCAUCGCAUAAUAGGAAGGGGCGGGUUCGGCGAGGUUUACGGAUGCCGCAAGGCCGAUACUGGAAAAAUGUAUGCGAUGAAGUGUCUCGAUAAAAAACGUAUCAAGAUGAAGCAGGGUGAGACACUUGCACUCAACGAGAGGAUAAUGUUAUCUCUAGUCAGCACCGGGGUGGAUUGUCCAUUUAUUGUCUGUAUGACGUACGCCUUCCACACACCCGACAAAUUGUGUUUCAUCUUAGACCUGAUGAAUGGCGGUGAUUUGCACUAUCACUUGAGCCAACACGGGGUUUUCAAUGAACCUGAGAUGAAAUUCUACGCCGCGGAAGUUAUUCUUGGUCUCGAGCACAUGCACCGACGAUUUAUUGUCUAUCGAGAUCUUAAACCAGCAAACAUUUUGCUUGAUGAACACGGACACGUUAGGAUAUCUGAUCUUGGUCUUGCAUGUGAUUUUUCGAAGAAGAAACCGCACGCGAGCGUCGGUACCCAUGGAUAUAUGGCCCCCGAGGUGCUGUCAAAAGGAACAACAUACGAUUCUAGCGCUGAUUGGUUUUCCUUUGGUUGCAUGAUGUACAAACUGCUAAAGGGUCACAGUCCGUUCAGGCAGCAUAAGACUAAGGACAAACAUGAAAUUGAUCGAAUGACAUUGACGACGAAUGUCGAGUUGCCAGAUACGUUUUCACGUGAAUUACGUUCACUUUUGGAGGGUCUAUUGCAACGCGAUGUCAACAGCAGGCUCGGAUGUCGCGGCGCUGGCGCUGAUGAAUUAAAAGAACAUCCGUUUUUCAAUGGGAUUGAUUGGCAGCAGGUUUAUAUGCAGAAAUAUACACCCCCGCUAAUACCACCCAGGGGGGAAGUUAAUGCAGCAGAUGCAUUUGACAUCGGUUCGUUUGAUGAAGAAGAUACUAAGGGUAUAAAACUAACAGACGCUGAUCAAGAUCUUUACAAAAAUUUCCCACUCGUCAUUUCCGAAAGAUGGCAAGCAGAAGUCGCUGAGACUGUUUUCGAAACAAUCAACAUUGAAGCUGAUAAGAUGGAAAAUAAAAAGAAAGCUAAACAAAAGCAGCGAUUUGAUGCUGAUGAAAAAGGGUCUGAUUGUAUACUCCAUGGUUACAUAAAAAAACUUGGUGGUCCAUUUGCUAGUGCAUGGCAAACACGUUAUGCCAAAUUAUACCCUAAUAGAUUAGAAUUACAUCCUGAAUCAACAACAAAGCCCGAGCUCGUCUUCCUAGAUCAAGUAGAAGAAGUAAGUGCUGAUUUGCAGCAUGUUAAAGGGGAACAGUGCAUUGUCGUACGUACUCGUGAUGCUAAAAUAGUACUCACUAAUCCCGAUGAAAUCAGUUUGAAAGAGUGGGCGCUAUCGUUAAGAUCAGCGCACAAAUGUUCCAUGGAGAUGUUAGGAAAUAUGGCGCGAAAAGCUGGUAAAAUAUAUGGCACAGAACGUGAUCCAGUGAUUCCACCGAUGCAGCGGUCAACAAAUGGCAACUAGCGCCCUUUAUUAAAUAAUAACUUAAAUAAUAAAUUAAUAAUAAAUAAAUAAAAUAAUA